UGGUUACAUUACUUAUAUAUAGAUGCGAGUAGAAGCAGAAGGAGACAAGACAUAGCUGGCUUAUCUGCUAGCACGAAGAAGAACCGUCAUCUUUCAGAGAUCCUUCAAAGUUCAAACACAUUCUCUCUCUCUCUCUCUCUCAUGUUUGAAUAAGAAAGUUGUCUCCCAAGAAAUCAGACAUUACCGAAUCGGCUUCUCCUGAAUCCAUAUCUCCGAAUUCGCCCAAACAAAAAAGAAUCUUGAAGGGGAAUAAAAAAUGAGGGUAGCGGUGAUUGGAGGAGGGAUAAGCGGAUUGGGGUCUGCGUAUGUUCUGGCGACAAGACAUGGCGGUGGCGACGAAGUUGUCUUGUACGAGAAAGAUGAUGCCUUGGGGGGCCAUGCUAAAACGGUGCGUUUCGAUUCUGCUGACGUCGACCUCGGUUUCAUGGUCUUCAAUCGCGUAACAUAUCCCAACAUGAUGGAGUUCUUCGAGGAACUCGGAGUGGACAUGGAGGUUUCAGACAUGUCAUUCUCAGUAAGCCUCGACGAUGGCAGAGGCUGCGAGUGGGGAAGCCGAAACGGUUUCUCGGGAUUGUUUGCUCAGAAGAGCAACGCUUUCAACCCCUAUUUCUGGAAAAUGAUCAGAGAGAUCGUCAAGUUUAAGGAUGAUGUCUUGAGAUACAUCGAAUCACGUGAGCUUAACCCUGAUCUUGAUCGGUCCGAGACCCUGGGGCAAUUCCUCGACUCUCAUGGCUACUCUGAGCUGUUUCAGAAGGCUUAUCUGGUACCGAUAUGUGGUUCGAUCUGGUCUUGCCCAGCUGACGGUGUCCUGAGCUUCUCAGCUUUCUCCGUUCUUUCCUUCUGCAGAAACCAUCAUCUGCUUCAGCUCUUUGGAAGGCCACAAUGGCUAACCGUUGCAGGACGUUCCCAUACUUAUGUUGCCAAGGUUAGGACAGAACUGGAAAGACGAGGAUGCCGGAUCAGAACAAGCUGCGAUGUACAAUCUGUUUCCACUUCUGAUAAUGGCGUCACCGUUAGAUGCGGAGACGGCUCUGAGGAGCUAUUCGAUCGAUGUAUAUUGGCUAUGCACGCUCCAGAUGCUCUGAGAUUGCUUGGGGAACAAGCGACAUUCGACGAAACUAGGGUUCUUGGUGCUUUUCAAUACGUUUACAGCGACAUAUAUCUCCACCACGACACGGAUUUGAUGCCUCGGAACCAAUCUGCAUGGAGUGCAUGGAAUUUUCUCGGAAGCACUGAAAACAGAGUAUGCGUAACGUACUGGCUCAAUAUACUUCAGAAUCUUGGAGAGAAGGGCGAACCGUUCUUCGUGACCCUAAACCCUAAUCGUAUCCCAAAGAAGACGAUGCUGAAAUGGAGGACUGGUCACCCUGUGCCCUCUGUUGCUGCAUGGAAAGCUUCACAAGAGCUUCACAAGAUUCAGGGAAAACGCCGGCUAUGGUUCUGCGGUGCAUAUCAGGGCUAUGGUUUCCAUGAAGACGGGCUAAAGGCUGGUUUUUCGGCUGCACAUGCUCUGCUAGGCAAAGAUAUUGAGCUUCUGAACAAUCCGACACAUAUGGUCCCGUCUCUUGCAGAAACAGGAGCUCGUGUUUUCGUCACCAGAUUCAUGGGACAGUUCAUCUCGACGGGUUGCGUUAUGUUACUCGAAGAAGGAGGAACGAUGUUUACGUUCGACGGAAAACACCCGAAAUGUACGCUGAAAACUGUUCUCAAGAUUCACAGCCCUCAGUUUUACUGGAAGGUGAUGACACAGGCAGAUCUGGGGCUCGCUGAUGCGUAUAUCAAUGGAGAUUUUUCGUUCGUUGACAAGAACAAUGGACUUCUGAAUAUGAUCAUGAUUCUGAUAGCUAAUAGAGAUCUUAACUCACCGAAAUCGAAUCUUGCUAAGAAAAGGGGUUGGUGGACGCCGAUGUUUUUCACUGCUGGUUUGGCAUCUGCAAAGUACUUUCUAAAGCAUGUUUCCAGACAGAACACCUUAACGCAAGCUCGUAGGAACAUUUCUCGUCACUACGACUUGAGCAACGAGCUUUUCGCUCUGUUUUUGGAUGACACAAUGACUUACUCCUCUGCAGUAUUCAAGUCGGAAGACGAGGAUCUGAGAACUGCCCAGAUGAGAAAAAUUUCUCUUCUGAUCGAUAAGGCGAGAAUAGAGAAGAAUCACGAGGUUUUAGAGAUUGGAUGUGGAUGGGGAACCUUAGCCAUAGAAGUUGUGAGAAGAACUGGAUGUAAAUACACCGGCAUUACAUUAUCCAUUGAGCAACUUAAAUAUGCAGAAGCAAAGGUGAAAGAAGCUGGCCUUCAGGAUCAUAUAACAUUCCAACUCUGCGAUUAUCGACAGCUUUCUGAUUCCCGCAAAUACGACAGAAUCAUAUCUUGCGAGAUGUUAGAAGCGGUUGGGCAUGAAUUCAUGGAGACGUUCUUCAGCCGGUGUGAAUCUGCGCUUGCAGAAGAUGGCGUUAUUGUUCUGCAAUUCAUAUCGAUACCCGAAGAACGUUACGACGAGUAUAGACUGAGUUCGGAUUUCAUCAAGGAAUACAUCUUUCCCGGCGGAUGCCUUCCUUCGCUAGCGAGAGUGACAUCAGCAAUGGCGUCUUCAUCAAGGCUAUGCAUUGAACACGUUGAAAACAUUGGAAUCCAUUAUUACCAGACAUUGAGAUGCUGGAGAAAGAACUUCCUGGAGAGACAGAAACAAAUCAUGGCUCUUGGAUUCAACGAGGAAUUCAUUAGAACAUGGGAAUAUUACUUCGACUAUUGCGCUGCUGGUUUCAAGACUCUUACCCUUGGCAACUACCAGGUGGUGUUUUCUCGUCCUGGAAACACAGCUGCGUUCGGAGAUCCGUACAGGAGCUUCCCUUCUGCUCAUUGUUCGUGAACAUAACCAGAAAACUAGAUUACGUAUCCCUCUGAAUCUUGGGGGCUGUUUGUUUGUUUGAUUCUCUGCAAUUUUUUCGAACGAAUAAGAGCUUCGCUUUCUGUUUUAACUUUUAAUCCCAUUUCAUUGUUUGUUCCUCUGAA